AUGGAGACUCGCCCGCUUUGCACACCUAUCGCACUUAUCGCCUUAGCAGUUGUCCUCCUCCUCCUGCUUUCCUCCGGCACAGCUGCUAUGCCCAUCCCUGCACCUGCUUUACCUCGUGCCAGGCGCCGGCCGGCCAUGUCGGACAAGGCAAUGUUCGCCCUGAAGAACAUUGAAAUCACAAGGACUAGUGACCCUGCUCGCAUUCGAUGUUUACCAGUUACAACACCUCCAACAUUUUCAACAGAGGCCGGACUAGUAAUGACGUGCAUUAUGGGUGCAUGUCCACCUGACGUCGAAGGGGCGAAUCGCAGCCUCCCGGACAGGGAUUGUUGA